AAGGAUAGGAAUUUUUUUUAUCAACUUCUAAAUAAGAUCAGUAGGUGCAAGAGGUAUAUCAAUUGACUAAAACAAUAAAUUUAUUAAUUUUUUCCUGAAGAUAUGUAAAACAUUUUAAUGUCAACACAUUCUGGGUUUGGUCCCACCGAGUUUCGCUUCCUUGUUUGCAUCCAUACCUAUCAGUGACUCACUUUCUUGGGAUGUUGAUAAGAAAGGAAAAAUAACUGUUGAUUGGUUUUAAUCCUGUAUGGACAAGGAAUUGGUCUUUCUAUUUUUUCACGACCUUCAUCAAAUUUCCAGAAGACAUCUCUCUCUCUCUCUCUCUCUCUCUCUCUCUCUCUCUUAUCUUGUAGUGUAAUAUCUAGCCUAUUUAAACAAUAUCUCAAGAGGUGAGUGAAAAUAUUUCGGAUGACAAUCAACUAAAGUAAAUAAUAACACAGACAAUUUUACAUUAUUUUCUGAUAGGUAUCACAAUUUACUCUAAUUUUGGGGCAAAUUAUAUAUAUUGAUAUAUCUAAGAAACACGGGUGAAGGAACGUGUGAAUUUAAUUCUUAAAAAUAAAUUUAAUUUUUUCAAAUAAUAUUACAUUUUUAUAAUGUUGCCUAAACCUCGUGCUUGUUAAACUCGUAUCUAAACUCUAACCUAUUCACACACAAAAAACCACUUGUCAGAAACGUGUUCUUACACAUCAACAAGAUUAUGAGGGCCGUAGACAGUCAGGAAACUAUCGCCUAGCUCUUUAUUCAUACUUCACAAAACGUGCCCUGCUUUUACAGAUAAAAAGAAUGCACAUAUCUAGACUUCGGAAGAAAAAUCUGGUACCAGAAGUGAGCAGUUGUUGAUACACGAUAAGCACUCUUUAACGAGGUAAAAUGGAACACGUAAUUAUAUAAUUGGCGCUAAAAUCUAAGAAUAACCAAAGACCUUGACCAAGAUGUUGUGUUUUCUAACCCAGUAAUUCAAAAAUGAUGGACAGAAACUGGGGCCUGGUGAUCCGCUUAUUUCAGGCAAUAACUGCAUUAAGAUCAGUUACAGCAUCAUCAUGAAGUCUUCCAUCCAAACGUAUCUAACUGUGUACGUUGCAUUUAUUUGGAUCUUUUCCUCCAAUUGUGAAAAGAGCCAAUCGUGUAGAAACUUCCGGCGCCGCCACAUUUUAAAGAUGGCCUGUUCUGAUGGCGGGAAAAUUUUCCUACCACGGUUGAUGGGGUUCAGUAACAGGAAUUGUGGGGGGUGCCAGGGCCAGUCCAGUGACUUGCUGGCCCAGGAGCACGAUUGUUCUUGGAAAACAAAGUGUAAGGUGAAGUUGAACAGAAUGCACAUGAUAACUGGAUGUUACGCUAAAAUCAACUCUGUACUCAUUGGCGAGAGGCGCUGCAUUCAAAGAGGCACAGAAAUUUACAAUUUAAUCACGAAAAAGACGAUGAAAGAUUCCAGAAUUGUUCACCUUCCAAAUACAACAUUUAUUGUGCGCAGCCAUCGAAAGUUUCCGUGGAAUUACGAAUAUCUGUCCUCAUACGAAAAGUUGGAACAUCAUUUGAACUUUAGUCUCCAAACGAAAAACAUCGGGCAGAAAAUGUUGAUUUCUGUCAUCCACUUUGACAUAGAUCCGGUGAAAGACAACUUGUACAUAAUGCACAAGACAAGGAUCAACGUCAAAAACACUAGUGUAAACAGCUUUGAAUUCCCACUUGAAGAUCUUUCUUAUUUUGGUGUUGGAUUUGACGUGAGCCUAAACCAUGUCUAUGGCGCCGCCAAAACAAACGGAUUUGUGAUGUGUUUAAAAUUGGUGAACAGAGAUGUUCAACGCGUAGACUCGGUAUGCAAUGAUAUCAUCAGCAAAGACAAACUAAAAUUCCAAUUACUCAAGACUAGUCACAAAUGCACCAAAAAAGGGAAUAAAGGACAGAAAAAGUGUCUUAAAAGGAAAUCCAAAAGGAAACCAAACUGAUAUUUUCAUUCUUAUACUCUUAUUGCUGUUCAUAUUCUCAUUCAUUUUAUUUAUUUAUCAGUAAUAAAAAGUUAUAUUGAUA